AUGUGCGUAUAGCUGUCUUCUGAUAUUGUGGGAAUAGAUUCUGAUAGCUAAAAGUGCUUAUUUGAUAGAGACAUAGUUAAAAAAGUGAAUAAAUGUUUUGAUAUAGAAAAAAAGGGAAAAAGUUGUGUCUGCAAAAAUAAAUAAAAUACAAUGUGCGUAACUAUAACUGAAGACAUUUAAGAUGAAUAUAUUGGAAUAUAUAAAGAUGCUUAAAUGAAUUUGAUUUGCAUAGAAAAACAAGAUAUUGCUGAUCAAUUGAAAAUAGACUCUCCUCUAAUUCUAGUCAAUCUAAAAUUUGAGUAUUGCCUGAAAGAUGACUUUUCGUUAGAUGAGUUUUAUUAAAAACCAAACAGUAUGAAAUGUAGCUGCAAAUAUUAAUAUUGUCUAUCUAAUGACAUUUGUAUACCUAUGGAUUCUAAUUAAAAUGCAGCAAGAGAUAUUAAUUAAAAUUGUGCAUAACUUAAUUAAGAAGGGUAAAUUUAGUCUUGCUUUAGCGACAAAAGUAUUUGUUUACUAAAAAAUUCAAAUACAUAAAUAAACAAAUGCACGACUUAUGAUUCUAUAGAUGAAGUAAUUGGUGUAGCAUUUAUUAAUAAAACUAAUCAAUGUAUCUUCAAAGACAAAUACUAAGACUUAAUUAUCAAUAAAAAUUUAGUUUUUUUGAAAAGUAAUUAUUGCCUUUUUGAGUCAUCUCAUAUCUUAGAGGUUGGAGAUAUAAAUAAGAACAUCGUCGGAAGAACUUAAUAAUAUUUGUGUGCUUAAGAAAAUGAAUUAUUUUCUGAUGAUGAUAAUUUAAUUGAAAUGUGUAUUUUUGGAUUUUGUAUUUCAAAAUAUUCUUGCGUUGAAAUGGAUGAUUUAUAAAAUAUUUCUAAAAAACAUGAUAAUUCCUGCUCAACUAACUCAGAAACUGAUUUUAUAGAGUGUUUUUAUUCUACAGAAGACAAAUCUACAUGCAUUUUAGAGGAUAAUGGUCAGAAAUCUUGUGAAUUGAUGACAAUAGAUAACCCAAAAACAUUUGGUGCUAUUUAUAAAGAAAAUAAUCAAAUAGGAAUUUGCGUUUCUUAAGAUGUACGUAUUCCUAAAUAGUCUUUAGAUAGUUAAAAUUAAAAAUUAACAUGCUCUGAUGGUUCGUGUAUCUUGUAAACUGUAGAAUAAUAAUGCCAUGAUAAAACUUUGAGAAUUUUAAAAGAUGGAGAUGGUGGUGGUGGUAGCGGCGGUGGUAGUAGUGGUUAAAAAGUGUAAGAAUGCGUAGACGUGCUUUAUGUCUAAUGCACUAAAAUGACAUAUACUGGAAUAACUUCUACUUAAGACGACAAUGGCUAUUGCUAGCCAAGCUUUCCUUCAAAAAAAUGUCGCAAGGCUAAAUAAUGUUUAAUGAAUGGUGUCUGUGUUGAUAUGUCUUAAGAUACAUCCCUACCUAAUUUCGCCAAAGAAAUAAUAACUACCUCUUGUCUCCCUUAUUAAAGUAUUCAGGAAAAGGGAUAAAAAAUAAAGAGUUGCCCAACCGGUUUCUGCAUUAUUUAAGUUAAAAGUAAUUAAAGAUAUUGCUUUCAGCUAGGUGCUUACCUGGGAGAUACGUAAUAUGUAGGAUUAGAAAGUUUAUCUCAAAGAUGUCUGGCUUAGUUCGAAAUUAGUAAAAUUGGUAUUGAUGAAUGUGGAGAUCCAAAUUAUUGCAUAUUCUAAAUACCAGCAUUAUCUAAAUAGAAAAGCUAUCUAUGCCAUUCUUUAUAAUUAGAAAGCACUUCAUAUCCAGGAAAUAGAGUUCCUGCAAAAAAUAAAUUUGGGAAAUGUUAAGAUCUAUUUUUACCCUCCACAAUCAGUUGCGUUGAUGGUUUUUAAUGCAUCAAUGAUAAAGGAGAAUGUCAACCUUUAAGUAUUAAUCUACCGAUUGCUAGAGAUGUUAACUAAUAAUGCUAACCAGCAUAUACAGAUUAAUCUUUAUAUUGUGCUGAAGGCUAUUGUUUGCUAAAUUAAGUUUGUCUACCUUUGUCAAUUUAGAAUCCUGGGAGAGAAGAUAAAACAAGUAAAUGCCUCUAGGAAAGAGAAAAAGGAGUCUUUGGUGCUAUAUAAUGUUUUAAAAGCUUUUGUUUGACAGGUAUUUCAGAUGAACCUCAAGAUUAAUAUUGUGCUCUAAUAGAUUAUAAAAUUAGUUCUUAAGUUGGCAGAUACAAAUAAUCCUAAAAAUGUGUUAAAGAAGAUGACAAUGAUAACGCUGUUAACAAUUUUAAGAUUGAAUAUUGUUACAAAGGAUAAUACUGUAUGAGAAAAGAUGGUUAAGGAAUUUAAUUUUGUUCCAAAGUAUUGAGCAAUGAUAUUGUUUGUUCUGAUGAAAACGGGGCUUGUAUAUUUUCUAAAGAUCCUAUACAGAAAUGUUCAAGCUGUUCUUACACACAAUGUUUAGACAAGUACACUUAAAAGUGCAUUAAUUUAGGAGUAGUAUACUGCUAAGAUAAUAAUGGAUUUUGCUCUAAUUUUUAGUGGUUAAUUUAUCCAUAUUGCGUAGUUUGUCCUAAAUAUUAUUGCUUAAAUAAAAGAACUUAGAGAUGUACUUAUUAUAAGUAUAUGUAAAACUUAUAAUAUUCUUAAACCAACUGUCUUUACUAGUUUAGAUAUGACGAAGAAUGCAUAUUGUAAGAUAUCAACUCGGUUAAUAAAUAUUAAGAAAAUCUAUGCAUUGAUAAAAACUAUGUUUGUUUACUUAUAGCUGAAGCACAAAAAACAAAAAAUUGUCUAUUCUGUCCAAAAUAUUAUUAUAAUCCAGGAGAUGGAAUUUGCUAUUAAAAAUCAAAUAAUAAAAAUUACCCUUACUUUAAUUUAGAUAUUUAAUAUGUAUCUGAAGAUUGUUACCCAAAAAAUGAUUGUUCAAUUUCAAACUAAAAAUGUCCUGAAGGAUGCUAGAAAUGUGAUAAUCUAAAUAUGUGCACUCAAUGUAAAGAGGAUUAUUUCUUAUAUUAAGAUAAAUAGACUUAAAAUUAAUUUUGUAUUAAGUGCGAUACAAAUAUAUACAGCAACAUAAGUUAAGAUCCAAUUUUAAGUUAAUAUGGCACUUAAUUUUAUAAAUGUGUAGAAUGUAACAUUCAAGAUGAAGACUGGAAUUUAAACACUUGGAAAAAUAAGAAUUGUGCUAAGAUGGUAGUAUAGAUUGCAGGAAUAAAUAGAUUUACAAAUAACUACUCUAAAUUUUUGUAUUACAGCAUUCAAAGUGGAAAUUCUCAAAACUUAGAUUCAAAUUAAGCUAAUAGACAACUUGCUAACCUCGUGAUAUAAAAAAGGCAAGUUUCUCCUUUUGCAUGUUCCAAUCUAUGUAUAAGGUGUGAAUCAAAUCCAAGUAAAAAGCCAUACUGUUAUAGAUGCAUUGAUUAUUAUUACUCUGACUAAAAUGGUAUAUGCUAAAAGUGCCCUUUAAACUGCUAAAAAUGUGGAAGUGCCAUAUUCAAUUAAAACUUGUAACCUAUCCUAAAAGAUGAUAUACCGAAAGAUGAUUUAGAUUAAGGAAUUUAUGAUUUUUCUAAAUCUAUAUUUACGUGCAUCUAAUGCAAUACCUAGUACACUGUUAGUCCGAGUUUUAAUUAGUGCGAUUAAUGUGGUUUAUACUGUCUUGAGUGUGCUUAUGAAUUUUAAGGAGACUUAGUAAAUUAUAGAAAAUAAAAUUUUAGAAACUAAGUAUACUAAUUUUUAAAAUGUGUAAAAUGCAAACCAGGUUAUACAUUGUCUUCAAAUAGAAAAGAUUGCUAUUAGAUCUACUAAUUAGGUUAUUGCUUAGAUUAAGAUUAAAAUGAUUAUAAAACUGGUUUAUCUUUAAGGACCUUCCUUGAUCUAUCUUCAACCUAUUAAACACUUAAUUGCUUAACAUGCAAAUACAAUACAUGCUUAUACUUAUAUCGUUAAUCAUGCAUAAAUUUUAACUAUUAUCCUCCUGGAAAUUAUGUUUAUAAUUGUUAAUAUAAUUAUGAUUAUUCUUAUUAUUACAAAACUACAUUAAAUACUUGUAUAAAUGGAUCUCCAACUGUUUAUUAUGGAGGUAAUCUGUCCUGUGAUUUCAAUACUGAAUGCAAAAAAUAAAUAUAUAAAUGUCUUGAGUGCUUUGUCUCUGCCAAUACAUAUUAAUGCAAAGUUUGUUCUUAAGGAUAUAUUCCAAGUAUUCUUGGAUGUAUACCUUGUCCUGAAACUUGUUAAACCUGCUAUGAAGAAGGAUAUAUUAACUUUUAAAGAGUUAAUUUUACUACAUACAUAAUCAAUACACCUUAAACCACAAACAAUUUUACUUUAUAUUAAAGGCUGAAUUAUUAAAAUGUUUUUAUGAUAAAAAUGAAGUGCUCAGAUUGUAAAUUUGGUUAUUUUCUUGAUUAUACGCAAUAACAUUGUUAAAAACCUUAAUGUGGUAAAUAUUGCCAAAAUUGUAUUAAUUAUAAAGAUAGUCCUUUAUGUAUAUCCUGCAAUUACACAAAACUUUUCAAUCUCAUAGCUCCUAUUUAAGGUUAUAUAUCUAAACUUCAUUACGGAACCAACUUUCUAAGCAAUUUCUAAUAAAUGGUCACAUUUGACUCCUUGUAAAAAAACUGCUAAAUUUGUCCACUUCUAUGUGAAACUUGUGAAGAUAAUAAUUUAGAUUUGGUUUUGGAUCCUUUAAGUUUGUAUUAAGUAAAAUGUUAUUCAUGUAAAAAAUAAUUACCAAGUAAUUAUGGAGAUAUGUAAAAAUAUGAAAUCAGAUAUGACAAAGCAAGAAAGAGAUGCAUUUAUUGUUUAAAAAAUGAUAAUGGGUGCUUUUUUAAGAAAAAAACUGAGAUCUUUGUUGAAUGUGGGACAGCCAGCCAACCUUUAGGUAAAGGCACACUUGAUGAACCACUUAAUUUAUAUAGAAUAAAAGAAAUAAAUAUUGAUAAACUUAUAAUAAAUGAACCUGAAUUCGAUAUAUCAUUAGUUUAUUACAAUGAACUUCAAUUAAGAGAAAUUGAUUUUACCAUCAAUUUCAUUGAUACAUCAAGAGUUUGCAAUUAGGAUUUUGCUUUAAAUAUCAACACUAAUAUUAAAAAUAAGAUUCCUUCAAUUUAGACUCUUUCUAUCACUUUGAAUGCAAACUAAACAAACAGUUUAACAGAUUAUGUAAUGUUAUAAAAUGACAUAGCUACUUUUAAAGGUUUUAGCUCUUUUAAGAUUUAAAAUAUGAAUGUCAAACCAAAAAAUUUAAACAAUAAUUUCGGUUUCAAAAUAUAUGAAGAACAUAUAAAUAAUAUAGAAUUUUAGAACACAACAUUCUUGUGUUAACGCUAAUAUUCAAACUAACUUUAAACUUAUUUUGAUAAUUUUAAUGGGACGUUUAUCAUGAAUAACACUUUAUUUAAUAACUGCAGCUUUUAUUAAUAGACUCUCAUAAACGUUCAUUCAGACUUUUACCCUACAUUUAUAACUUAUUAAUUGAUAAACUUGUCUAUUUUAUAUUCAGAUUUUUCUCAAAAAUCUAAGUUUGUUUCAGUCAGUAGCCCUAGCGAUUUAGAAAUUUAAGAUUUUAAAUUUAUGCAUGGAUCACUCAAAUAUCAAUCAUAUAUCACUCUAAGAAAAUAAGCAAGCAUAAAACUUAAUAUACAAAUUUUUAGUGCUGCUUAAUUCACAAUCGUACAAGGUUAUACUAAAAUGAAUAUUAUAUAAGCUUAUAAUACAAUUCAACCACCUAUAAAUCUCUAAACUGAUUCCUUUUUUUCCACUGUAAUUAACCUGAAAAAUGUAAUUGGGAAAUUAGAAAUAAUAAAUUCAAGAAUAAUAAAUGCCUAGAAUCAUCCUAACCAUAAUCUUCUUUAUAUCUAAGGAAGCUAAAUUUAGAUACAGAAUUCAAAUUUUACAAUACUUGCAAAUAAUUAACAAAAAUUAUAGUUUUUAAGUGGUAGUAAUAGUAUUCUAGGAGGUAUAGCAAUGAUACAAUGUUCAACUUUAAAAAUAUUAAGCAGUAGCUUUAGUGGUGGAUUGUCACUUUAAGGAGGAGGUUUAUACAUAUAAGCUAUAUCACUUGCUAAUAUUUAUAUAUAUUAAACAAAUUUCAUAGAGAAUUGGAGUUUUUCUUUAAGCGAUCCUAAAAACUCUAAUGGAGGAGCUAUUUACAUUAAUUAAAUUCAAUAAAAUGUAGGUGUAACCCUUAGAUUUAUUUAAUGUCUCUUUUCUAAUAAUUUUGCUUAUAACAAAGGAGGAGCUUUGUAUGUGUCUUUGAGUUAUAAUAAAUUUUAUUUGAAUUUGCUGUUAUCAAACUUUACAAAUAAUUUUUCAUCAGAUGGAAGUAGCUUAUAUUCCUCUUAGAAAAACCUUACAAAUAUAGUGUAGAUAUAGCAAACUUAUAAUUUAUAUUCCUAUAAGUAUAUCUCAGAUUUUAUAUAGAAAAUUGAAUAAUUUGAAAAACCAUUAAGCUUUUCUCCAAGUCUCUAUCACUUGUAAGGUUUUAAUCAGGUUUACUUAUUCUAAAAUACAUUUAUAGUUGAAACAACAAGUAUAUAGCUAAAUUCUAAAGAAAACGAGUUUUCGUUUAUCUUUUAAAGUUUAAUUAUCUUUGAUUCGAUUAAUUAUCUUCAACUUGCUUAAAAUAAAAUAAGUAAUUUUAAAGUAUAAAAUUACUUACUUAAAAUGACUAAUAUAGAAAACUUAAGCUUGUUAUAAGAUUAAUUUUUUGAUAAUAAAUAAUUUAUUUAUAAUCCAAAUCAAUUUAUAGCAAAUUCAUUAAUAAUAGUUUAAGCAAAUUCUAUUAAACUGGAGUAAAUUAUUUACAUAAACAAUACUUGCAGUAAAUGUGUUUAAGGAAAUUUGAGGCUAAUUUCUAAUCACAUUUUAAUAGCUGAUAGUACUUUUCAAUCGAAUACUGCUCUAAAUGGAGGAGCUCUUUCAAUUUCAAAAUAUAUAAAAGAUGAAAUAAUGACAAAUAAACUUAGAUUUUUACAUUUUAAUACUUAUUAUGAAGAAUAUUUAAUUAGAAAAUCAAAUUAAAAUUAAACAAUUUAUAAUUCAACAUUUUUCAAUAAUACUGCUUUGAAUAAUGGAGGAUCAAUCAUAGCAUCAAAUACUUUUUUAUACAUAAUAAAAAGCAGAUUCUAAGAAAAUAAUGCAAAUUAAUUUGGAGGGGCAAUAGUAUCUGACCUUAAUGAUAAAUUUGAUCAAUUCUAAAAGAUCCAUUUAAUAAAAAAUACUUUUUAAAGUAAUAAAGCCAGAAUUGGAAGCAGUUUUUAUCAGAUGUAGAAUCUGCCACUACACUAGCAUUUAGAUAAUAAGCUCUCUUAAAACAAAGCAUAACUAUACAAUAAUAAUCUAAUCUAAUUUGCUGUUCAAAUUUUAGGAAUAAAGGGCAAAUAAACUUACAGAAACUCUUUAUCAAUAGAUAAGCAUUUGAGUGGAAAAUUUAAGGAUAGCAUUAUUCUGUAAUUGGUUAAUAACGAAGAUUAGCCUAUAACAACUCUCAACGAAGAAAUUAAAUUAAAUGUUUAAGUCUUAAAAGGAGAAGAUUAUUAUAUUGAUUAAUAUUAUAUAUCAUAAAAAAGUGGUGUAUUUGAAAUAUUAGAUAAAAUAAAUGUUUUUGGAAGGCUUGGAAAACAAAUAAUAUUAUAAAUAUCUUCUGAGUAUGCAAAGUCUCCUAUUUACAAAUUAGAUGGCGAAUUAUCUAAAAUAGAAACUAAUAUCUCCUUUGAAAUAGAAAUAAACAUAGUUGAAAAAUGCCCUGUAGGUACAACUUAUUUUAAUGAUACUAUAAAAAAGGAUUUAUGUAAUCCCUGUCCUUAAUUUAUGUAUAAUUUAAAUGAUGGUGAUAAAUGUCAUAAAUGUCCAGAUGAUUUUUUAUGUUAAAAGACAAGCAUUUAUUUACCUAGAGGAUUGUGGAGAUCAAAGAAUAAUAGCUAUACUUACAUCGAAUGUUAUGGUUAUUUUUAGUGUGUAGGAGAUAUUGAUAGAGAAGAAAUAACAGAAUAGUUUUCUGAUGAAAAUCGUUAUUGUAAAGAAGGAAAUAUUGGAGCCUUGUGCAUGGAUUGUGAUUUAUAUGGAAAAUAUUGGAAUGAAAGGUAUUAUCAAGUUGCUACUUACACUUGUUUAAAAUGUGGAUAAUUCAAUACUAACUUAAUGAUUGAUAUCAUAGUACUUCUGCUUAGUAUAGCUUUGCUUGCUAAAAUUGCAAAGUCUAUUUUUAUGCUAAUGGAUUAUUUAAAGAUUUAAAAAGUAUUUCAAGUUUUGAAAAUAUAUUUUAAAUAUGAUUAAAGAUUUUUUGUAAUUUCUAGCAUUUUACUUAAUUACUUUACUCAACUAUCAUUGUGUACAAAAAAUAUGAUUUACUUGCCAAUAUAUAUAAAGCAGAUUUUUCUAGGUUUUGGAAAUCCAUCUGAAAUCUUCCUAAAACUAUUUGACUGUGUUUUAUCUUAGAUUAUUUUGUUUUAAGAAAAUAACUAUUCUUACUUCUAUUUUAGAGUAGUCAUUCUGUUGAUAUUUAACUUUUUAAUUUGUUUGUUUACACUGCUUUGCUUUAGAAUUUUAAAAAAGAAGGACCUUUUAGUUCAUACCUCAGUACUAAUAUAUUUCAUCAUUCAUUUAUUUACUCAUACAAUAGAUUCAACUUUAGGAAUGAUAUUUUGUGUGAAAGUAGAUGACUAAUUUUAUAUAAACUAAUAUCCUAGUAUUAAAUGUGAUGAAGACCAUUUAACUUUUGUUAAAAAAAUGCUAAUACCUUGUCUUUGUUUUUAACUGCUCUUUAUUUUUUUAGUUUUUCUCUACAUUAUUAGAGAAAAUCAAAAUAAAACUAAUUCCAGGAAAAUUUCAAGCAUAUUUAACUAAUUCUAUAAGCAUUUUUGGUGGUAUUUUUACUAAAUAUUGAUAAGACUGCUUGUUAUAGCUAUAGAUAAUUACUUCUUUUUCGAUGUAUAUUUAAAAGGCUCAGUAUUAUGCUCAUUGUAUUUGUCAUACACUCUCACACAACUAUACUUUAAACCUUACACUAGACUCUAGUUUAAUUACUUUGAUAUUUUUAUUUCUAUUUUAAUAACUAUUAAUUUUGGAAUGAUUGAAAAUCUGAACUAGUUUUUCAAUCAAGAAAGAAUUUUUGUUGCAUUUUUAACUUUGAAUAUAUCAUGUGCUAUCGGAUUGAUCUAUUGGGCAAUUAUAGAUGAUUUUAAAUUAAAAAUUUUUAAAAUUGUAAGUAAAAUUAGGAAGAAUAAUAUUAAUGCUAAAAAAAAGUAAUCUCCCAUCCUUUUGUGGAAAUAUUUAAGGUUAAGAAUAUUCAGUAGAUAGAUAUUGAUUGAUAAUAACAAUGAAAAAUUAUUUUAUUGGAACAUCUCAAAAUACAUUUCAAAACAAAAUACUCUUCUUACAAAUUUAUAAAAGUGA